AUGGCCCGUCGCUCGCAGCGAGUGAUACGCUCCGCUAUUGUGUUUGCCGGGCUCUCAUCUGUUUUCCCUGGCUCUUUAACCGACAGCAGCGCGAUAAACGACCCACUGACACCACGACCAGUUUCAUGGGAACCGGAUCCUCCUACAGGGCAUAAGGCUCCCGCCCCCCCAAUAGCGACAGAUGCGCCCGCCGAGGAGGACGUUAGCGAUAGAUAUCAUUUCCCGUAUGGGGUGCCAGUCCGCCCGGCAGGAACCCCACGGACAGUAGAGACAGGAGUGGGAUUGACUGCUGAUCUAAUGCCAAGAGGCAUCGUUACUCGAUCUAGAGAUGCUCCUAAAACACAGCAUGAAAACCCAACAAUAAAGAUUAAAACGACGGCAUUUGAUGCAUCUACGCCGAGGCUGAAGGAGCAAGCGGACCAAGCCGGGUCAUCUAGUUGCCCCGCCCAUAGGGCCAGAGUCAUUGAAGCGCGUUUGCGCGCUCUCAAGUCGCAAACCGAAGCAGCGGUGAAGGAAGUGCACCGAGCACAGCUGGAACAGCAGCAGCUAAUUGCGCGACUGGAUACCCGAAUAAAUGCUGUGAAUGAGCUGCUAGAUGGGCUGGAAGAAAACCAGGAGUGCCUCGUGCAGCGCUUGCAGAGCACAGGUGACGUGUUUGUUCGCCGUAGGGAGGAACAAUCAGAGAUCUUCAUUGCCGACAUGGCGGCUUUCGCUGUCACAUCUGGACUGACGAACGCGUUCCACACACAGGGAGAAAUAGCGACAAAGCUGGAGAGGCUCACGACGUCGACCGAAAAGAAUGCCAAGGCGCUCACAUCGCUUCUUCGACGUAUGGAUACCCAGAAAGAUGAGAUGAAAGCAUGGCUGACGGUCACGCUUCGCAGAUUGGAGAUGUCCAUAGAUGAGCGCACCAACGCCAUGAUUCACACACUCCGGCAAGAAGCGGAAAGGUCAACUCAGGCAAUGCAACAACAGCUAAAUGACAAGGGGCUCGAUAAUCUGCUUCUCAUGCAAGCUCUCGACAGGGUAGAGGCCCAACUCAGUGCUCGGGGGAUUGCCAUCGCGGAUAUAUCCCACCUGGAUGAAGAAGCAUCGUUUUACAUGUCGAGGGCAGCAUUCGAGAAGGCACUCAAAGGAAGGCUCCAAGGCGAGAAAGUGAUGGCGACGUUCGUGGUCACGCAGUGCCCCAGUGCUAUGAAUGGUGCGGCAUUUAUGAAUACCUACCUGCUGCCCUCCAGUAGAAGUUUUCGCACGUUGUUCAAAGCUGCGGAGCAAAGGGCGGGUGUCUCUGCUGUCGUCGUUCGCAUCCAGUCCGUCAUGGCCGAGGCUUUGAUGGAAAUAGAUGGUAAACCCACGUCGCUCCAGUACGUUACGCCUUCUGCUCACGAAGCGCUCAAUGUGACUUCCAAAGAUCGUUUUGGGUACGAGAUUUCCGAGCGCUUAGAGGACCUAGGAGCGGGAGAUUUCGGACCGGGAUUACAAGGCCGGUUAUUCGUUGUUGUUUAUUUGGGAACUAGGAACGUUGUGUUUGUGAAGAUUCUUGGGAAGCUGGAGCUCGCUCGGCCUGCCUCCCCAUUAGCCAAGGAAGAUGGUUUGGCCUGCGCCGAUGAUCCCCCAGCAUUCAUGGACAUGGUGCCUCUGACGUGA